GAAAGGCCGUUUUUCUCAGGAGUAUUCAGCAUUUUUUCGACCCUGACUCAUUAAGCAAUGAACCUAGAACUGCUCGAGUCUUUCGGGCAGAACUAUCCGGAGGAGGCAGAUGGCACCCUGGACUGUAUCAGCAUGGCUCUUACUUGUACCUUUAAUCGAUGGGGUACUCUCUUGGCGGUGGGUUGCAACGAUGGUCGCAUAGUUAUCUGGGACUUUCUCACACGAGGUAUUGCCAAAAUCAUCAGCGCACACAUCCAUCCGGUCUGCUCGUUGAGCUGGAGUAGAGAUGGCCACAAGCUAGUUAGUGCAUCAACAGAUAACAUUGUGUCUCUAUGGGACGUUCUCACCGGUGACUGCGACCAGAGGUUCCGGUUUCCUUCACCCAUCCUUAAACUGCAGUACCAUCCCAGAGACCUGGACAAAGUCCUUGUGUGUCCUAUGAAGUCAGCACCUGUUUUGCUCACGCUGUCGGACUCAAAGCACGUAGUUCUACCAGUGGACGAUGACUCAGAUCUCAAUGUGGUAGCAGCUUUUGAUCGGCGAGGGGAGUACAUAUACACUGGGAAUGCCAAGGGAAAGAUCCUAGUGCUGAAUACAAAUACACAAGAUCUUGUGGCAUCCUUUAGAGUAACUACUGGAACCAGCAACACAACUGCCAUUAAAUCCAUAGAGUUUGCCCGCAAGGGCAGCUGUUUCCUCAUAAACACUGCGGACCGAAUCAUCAGGGUGUAUGAUGGGAGAGAGAUACUGACAUGUGGGAGAGAUGGAGAGCCAGAGCCUAUGCAGAAGCUUCAGGACCUUGUCAACAGGACUCCAUGGAAACGAUGCUGUUUCUCUGGCGAUGGUGAGUAUAUUGUAGCAGGUUCAGCCAGACAGCAUGCUCUGUACAUCUGGGAGAAGAGUAUCGGCAACCUGGUGAAGAUCCUCCAUGGGACGCGUGGAGAGCUGUUAUUGGACGUUGCAUGGCACCCUGUGCGACCCAUAAUUGCCUCCAUAUCCAGUGGUGUGGUGUCUAUCUGGGCCCAGAACCAAGUGGAAAAUUGGAGUGCUUUUGCUCCAGACUUCAAAGAGCUGGAUGAGAACGUGGAGUAUGAGGAGAGAGAGUCUGAGUUUGACAUUGAGGAUGAGGACAAGAGUGAACCAGAGCAGACGGGUGCGGAUGCUGCAGAAGAUGAGGAGGUGGAUGUGACCACUGUUGACCCCAUUAUGGCCUUCUGCAGCAGUGAUGAGGAGCUGGAGGACUGUAAGGCCUUGCUCUACCUCCCCAUCGCUCCUGAAGUGGAGGACCCGGAGGAGAACCCAUUCGGACCCCCGCCCGACGCAGCAGGGCAGACUGCUGUAGCGGAAGACAGCUCCACCCACGCAGGGGCCGGGGACAAGAAGCGUCAGCCGUCAGCAGACGGAGGCCCAGCUAAAAAGAAAGCUCGCACCACCACCAUUGAACUGCAGGGGGUCCCAAGCGAUGAGGUUCAUCCGUUGCUGGGCGUGAAGGGUGACAGCAAGUCAAAGAAGAAGACAGCAGGUCGGCCAAAGGGAUCGAAAGGUAAAGAGAAAGAUUCUCCCUUUAGGCCCAAACUCUACAAAGGGGACAGAGGUUACUCUCAUGACGGAGCAGGAGUGGGUGCAGGAAUGAAAGGCAGAGCGGAGGCGGGCCUGGCAGCGACAGGGAAUCUUGUUACAUCAUCCUACAAACAACACGAAGGCCAGGGUUUGGAUUGAAGUCCAGUCAACAGCGCCCUCCUUGUGGUGCAUGUUUAAAAAAAAAUGUGUUUUAACACGCCUUCCCCCAGAAAGACUCACAUCUAAUCCUCUCCUCCGGGCCUUUGGGUAGCCUGAUUCCUGCCCUCCAAAGGAUUUUAAAGCAGGAAAAACAGCGGCUUCUUGCUGGCCUGGAAUCUGACGGAGAGGCUGAAAUGUGUUCAUUCCCUGUAGUGUGUGUGGAGCAGCCAUAUCUCUGUCUCUCUUUUCUCUCUCUCUUGUCUCUCACUCUUUCUCUCUCGCUGUAGAGUAGGGACUGUCUAUCCUCAGUACUAAUUUGUUGACUGAAGGAUGAAUUGUAUGGUGAGCAAUGUCUUCAGUAGCAGAUUUGGGUUAUAACAGUCUCUCUGGAUAUGUCCUAUUGUUGUGUUAUGUUUUUUUAUACAUAUUAAACC